AUGGGCCUAUACGGCCACAUGCGCAUCCACGAGAGCGGAAUUGACCGCAGCCUUGACACACCCACCCCGCCGAGCCUCACUCCCAAUCAAUCACCUUGCGCACCCACUAACCACUCCCCAGCCGACAUCGACGCCACCGACCUUACCACCCCUCACUCCUCCCCUUCCUCCUCCUCUUCCUCCAUCACUGCCACAACGACGGCCGCUUCGGCGUCUGUCGCCCACGACUUCACCACAGCCGAACCUGACACAACAACAGGCACAACCCCUGCAACCUUCAUCAUCAGACGUGAGGACCAGGGCUACAUCUGCCCUCACUGCGAUCGCACCUUCACUUCACGCAUCGGCCUGUUCGGUCACUUGCGAAUCCAUCGCACAGAGACCGGCGAAACAGUGCCUGGAGCACCAACCUACACCCACCGCACACACCUCCACUGCCCACACUGCCCUCGCACCUUCAGGCAUCGCAUGGGUCUAUUCGGCCACAUGCGCAUCCACGAGAGCGGAAUUGACCACAAUUCUGAUACAGCCACGACAUCCAACAUAUCCACCACGCCCAGACCCACCCUCGCUCCACCGUCACACGCGCCGACCACCACCACCACCACCACCACCACCAACACUGCUUCCCCUACAGACGACACCGACACCGCCGACCUCUCAUGCCCACAUUGUCCACGCACCUUCACCUCACGCAUCGGCCUGGUCGGUCACUUGCGAAUCCAUCGCACAGAGACUGGCGAACCAGUGCCUGGAGCACCAACCUACACCCACCGCACUCGCCUCCACUGCCCACACUGCCCUCGCACCUUCACGCAUCGCAUGGGUCUAUUCGGCCACAUGCGCAUCCACGAGAGCGGAAUUGACCACAAUUCCGAUACAGCCACGACAUCCAACACAUGCACCACGCCCAGACCAAUCCUCGCUCCACCGUCACACGCGUCGACCAUUACCACCGCCACCAACACCACCGCUUCCUCUACAGCUGGCACCGACACCGCCAACUUCUCAUGCCCGCAUUGUCCACGCACCUUCACCUCACGCAUCGGCCUGGUCGGUCACUUGCGAAUCCAUCGCACAGAGACUGGCGAACCAGUGCCUGGAGCACCAACCUACACCCACCGCUUUCGCCUCCACUGCCCACACUGCCCUCGGACCUGCACGCAUCGCAUGGGUCUAUUCGGCCACAUGCGCAUCCACGACGACCUGCGGUAG